AUGUUAUGCGAGUGGUGCUCACGAAUCCCUUUUGACCUGAAUGUUCUCGACACCCGUCUUGGGACCGGCUUUACCCUGGGCUCUGGCGCGCGGCUGGUGAAGAGCCAGUGUUUGUUCCGUCAGCUCGUUGUGCGCGCAACCUCCGAGGCUGGUGAUGAUGAGAGUGAAUGCCUUCAUGUGAAGGUGAAAUGGACGUUGGGACCUAGUGACUACUACGCCUUCAAAGUAUCGCAUGCCCUUGGAUCGUAUAUUGCCUUUAGACGGACAGCCGUCACCAGUUUUGGCCGGAAACCUCUUAGCAUCGAGCCAACCGGACCUCAUGUGGAAACCGGAAGAGUGUUACGCUGGAUAUCUUCGUGCGAACUAGCACAUCGCCCGAGGUGUGAGCUUUCAGAUUAUAUCAAGUUUGCCGAUGCGUUUCGAGGCUUGCGUCUUCUUCGCCUGAUAGACAUCAAGAAGGGCUGCCUUGUUGAGAUGAGGGCCCGUGAGAAAUAUGUCGCCCUGAGCUACGUGUGGGGAGCCGUGUCCAAUUUUCGUCUCACCAAGGCCAAUAGAAUUGCUCUAUUAGCGACGGUUUCUCUAAUGAAAAUAUCGCAUCGGCUUCCAAGGACAGUCCAGGACGCCAUCGCCCUUGUGAGGCGUCUGGGAUGCCGAUAUCUUUGGGUCGACGCCCACUGCCUGCUGCAGAACGACAACGAGGACCUGGAUCGAGGCGUGAAUGCUAUGGACCGUAUCUAUGAGUUCGCCUGGCUUACUGUUGUUGCCAGUUGUGGCCAUGACGCGAAUGCUCGUCUCCCUGGUGUCCUCAGCCCAGCAGGGCAUCCACUACAAUCGAAAUCAAGCCUGGUGGGGGCGUGGACCUUCCAGGAGCAGGUGCUGUCUCGCAGGGCAAUCUACUUUGUCGGUGACAAGCUCUUCUAUCGCUGUCGGGCAGCAGAGUACAGCGAACACUACACAGAUAUCCCGUCACAACAUCUCGGCAUUGAUUCCACAUUGGGAUCCGUGCUAUCAGCGGCCGUGCUGAUGGAGCGACCCAUAGCUGACUACGGUACUAUGCUCUCGUACUACACCCAACGAGCUCUGACCGAUCAAAAGGAUACACAUAGAGCGAUGGCCGGAAUCAUUCGACGCUCUAUGGGGGUAAUGAGGUGUCAGCCGACAGCGGUGUUAACAGGUUUAUCAUCUUUCAUGCGCACAACUGCAUUCUACAGCGCUGCUCUUCCUUUCCAAGUUAUUCAUGGACAGGCUGCCGAGGAGGUAUCAGAAGCAGAACCUGGAUCAUUUGGUACAAGAGAAGUCGUGCUGGCAACACCAGUCUCGUCUGGGACUCCCGUGCCAAUCACCAUUUCCGCUCCCGAGAUGGAGUCCACCAGGACGCACGAUGCCUACGGAAGAGGUGUCGUUCUCCCGGGCGGUACCCGCAUACCCAAUCUUGUAGUUCUGGACUCUGUGGAUAGCAACGGCGUCAAAUGUGGGUUCGCUUUGCUGGAUGGGUUUGAGGAAACUUCAUUUUUUGACUUUAGCAGUCGGUUUGAAGUCAUCCUUUUGUCAGAAGCACAACAACACCAUGAUCUUCGAAAAGUCCGCAGUUUCGGCGAGGCUAGCUACCCUAAAGUGCCUGGUCGAUAG